AUGGAAGAUGGAGAUGAAUAUGUAACUGACGAGUUGGACAGCUCAGACCCUGAUUUAUCAGAUGAGGACAAAGGUCACAAGUUUGAAAAGCUUAAAAAGGAGCAUUUCAAUAAGAAUUUUAAAUUCGAGUGGGGUAUGGAAUUUAAUUCCCUUGAUGAGUUUAGAGAAGCUAUACGUGAGUGGCCAGUAUUAAAUGGUAGGGAAAUAAAGUUUGUGAAAAACGAGAGCUACAGGGUUAGGGUGGAAUGUAGGGCCAAGUGUGGGUUUUUAAUACUUUGUUCAAAGGUGGGCCACAAACAUACUUUUGCUAUAAAAACAAUAUUUGAUAAGGACGCAUGUGCUAGGGUUCUAGACAACAGAUCUGCAAGCUCAAGGUGGGUGGCCAAGGCUGUUGUAAAAAAAAUGCAAACAUCACAAAGUGCUAGGAUUACUGACAUUAUUCAAGACUUGAGGCUGAAUUUUUCUGUGGGCAUCACUGUUGCAAGGGCAUGGAAGGCAAAGCUCAUAGCCAAGAGGAUUCUUGAGGGAGAUGCAGAUAGGCAAUAUGCUGAUUUGAGGAGGUAUGCAUCUGAGCUACAUAGAGUUAACCCUGGUAAUACUGUGAGUAUCACUGUCAAUAGACCUAGUCCAUCCAUACAACCAAGAUUUGGGUCCUUUUACUUUUGUUUUGAUGGUUGCAAAAAGGGGUUCACUAAUGGCUGCAGACCCUUCAUUGGGGUAGAUGGGUGUCACUUGAAAACAAAAUAUGGUGGUCAGUUGCUAAUUGCUGUGGGUAGGGAACCCAAUGACCAGUAUUUCCCUUUAGCAUUUUGGAGUAGUUGA